AUGUUUGUGAAGAAUAUGACGAUUGUAUUGAGAUGGUGGUGGUGGAUUAAUUUAAUAUUUAUUUUUUUAAUAAAAUUUCAUUCAAUAAAUUGUUUUGAUGAUUUAUGUAAUUAUCUAAUCUAUCAAUCUGAUCAGAAUAUUGAUAUAUGUUUAAGUAAUCAAUGUAAUAAAUAUAUUGAUCCACAGUCAAUUAUGGUUAAACCAAAUAAUUGUAAAACAAAUAUUCUUUAUCUUUCAUUUUCAUCAUAUAAAAUAUUUCGAUUAUUUAUUAAACGAAUUCAAUGGAAAUUAGGAAUUUUAUUUUCAACAAAAUUAAAUAAGAAAAAUCGUUUAUUAAGAAUUUAUUUAAAUUCGAUUGAUUUCGAUGAUAAACCAACUGAUGAUGAUCAAUUAAAAGAUUUAGGAAAUAAUAUUGAUUUAUAUGAAUUAUAUAUAAGAAAUUUAACAAAUAAUUCUCGUUUGAAUGAAUCAAUACAUUAUCAUCCAAAUGAUUCACAAUGGUUUAUUAUUAAAAUUCAAUUUAUUUGUAAAUCAAUGAUUAUUUAUAAUGAAAAACCUUGUCCAGCUAAUGUUAUUCCUCCAUCAUAUUUUGCUCCACAACGUCCAUUAUUAAUAAAACAAAUAAUACCAUUAGUAAUUAAUUCAACAAUUCAAUCAAUAUAUAAACAAGACAAUGAAAGAUCAAUUCAUUUAAUUAUUAUUAUAUUAAUUCCUUUAUUAAUAAUAAUAAUAACAAUUCUUCUUUCAAUAUUUAUUUAUCGAAAGUUUUUUCUAAAACAAUCUUUAAGAACUUCAUCAAUUCCAAGUAUAUCAAGUAAUAUCAAUACUAAUCAUAGGAACGAUUGCGAACAUGAACGAAAUACAAAACCAUAUCAAAUAUCCCGUUUACCAUCACCACAUGAAGACUCACUUUACAAAGAACGACAACGACAUAUAUGA